AUGAUCACUGGUACAAUGCAGAGAGCCAUGGGGGUGGUGCCGAGUUCGAGGCUUGCAGAAAUCAUACGGAAUGAACUCACGCAAAAAAAGCUUUGCAGUAGUUUCACGCAGGUUGCACGGGACAGGUCGGCUUCCUUUCUUCUCUCUUGGUAUAAAGAUAAAUGCAAAGUCGGCAACAUAGCACCUCGGUUCGUUUACUUUCGUUCUCGUUCUUGCUGUGAUCUGUCAUUCCUCGACUCUGUCGACCAUUACUUCAACAAAGCUGCAGAGAUAUCAUCCGUGGACAAGGGAUUGCUGGCAUUCAUCAAGGCCUGUAACAGCAUUAUCAAGUUCCACGUUCCCUUGAAGCGCGCUUGUGGGAAACUGGAGCUUAUUGAAGGUUACAGAGCUCAGCAUUCGCAUCACAGGCUUCCAGUGAAGGGAGGGAUACGACUGGGACCAAAUGUAGAUGCCAACGAGACUAUGGCUCUUGCGGCGUUAAUGACUUACAAGUGCGCAGUAGUCAAUGUUCCGUUUGGAGGUGCCAAAGGCAGCGUCAGGAUAGAUCCCUCCAAGUACACUUCUACAGAGAAGGAAGCAAUUUUAAGGCGUUAUACUGUCGAGCUUGUCAGAAGAAAUUACAUGGGUCCUGCAAUAGAUGUUCCAGCUCCGGACUACGGAACGGGUUCGCUGGAGAUGGCAUGGAUUAAGGACACAUACAGUUUCUUAAGGCACACUGACAUAAAUGCUUCGGGGUGCGUGACCGGAAAACCAAUAUCAGAGGGGGGAAUACAAGGAAGGCAGGAAGCUACGGGACUCGGUGCAUUUUUUGUUUUGAGAGAGUUCUUUAAUGACGAGGAUCUUGUACGCAAAGUCGGACUUACUCGAGGUGUAAAAGACAAAACUUUUAUUGUUCAGGGUUUGGGAAACGUUGGUCUUCAUGCAAGCGAGUUUAUACACAAGGCUGGAGGUCGAAUAAUCGCCAUAGCUGAACGCCACGGAGGACUUGUUGACGAGACUGGCAAAGGUCUGGAUAUUGAAGUUGUUAAAAGUUAUCACAAGAAAAACGGUACCUUGAAUGGAUUGCCCAACGUCAAAAACAUUACCGACACUGAGAAAAUUUUGGAGCUCCCGUGCGACGUGCUGAUACCGGCGGCCUUAGAGUCCCAGAUUCAUUCCGGGAAUGCUGAUCGUAUCAAGGCUAAAGUGAUAGCAGAAGCUGCAAAUGGACCUCUCACGCCUGCCGCAGACAAGAUUCUCGAAGGCAAAGGCGUCGUUAUUCUCCCGGAUUUGCUCGUGAAUGCGGGUGGAGUCACUGUCUCUUACUUCGAGUGGCUAAAGAACCUGAAUCAUAUUGAAUUUGGACGCAUGACUCGAAGAAUGGAAGAGCAUGGGAAGAGAGUUCUUCUCAGUGCCUUGGAAAACCAAUAUGGUAACGGACAUAAAAUCCCGACGAGCCUGCGGGACGAAUUAUCGAGGGGCAACACGGAAGUGGACUUCGUCCAUUCCGGCUUGGAAGAAACGAUGGUCACCGGCUGGGAAAAUGUGAAGAAAACAGCACAAGAGAAGGGCUGUAGUUUUCGCAAGGCUGCGUAUCUGGUAGCAAUCGAGAGAAUCGCGAAGAGCAUUGGAGACCAAGGGAUAUUUCCCUGAGAAGAGAAUUUCAAAUUUAAAAAAACCGGAUAUUCCUCUUU